AUGAACGGUUCAAAAAGACAGAAGGUGGCCAACGGUGCGCCUGCUCGGCGCGAACCAGCAGAGGCCACUGCUUCUCAGACCUCCCCCGAUCCUCACACCGAAGAAGAAUCUGUGACUCUCGAUGUUGCGUCCACGGCGGAUGCUGCAGAGGCAGAAGAGCCCAAGACGUUUAAAGAAUUGGGCAUUGUAGAUUCGUUAUGCGAAGCCUGCGAAUCUCUCAACUACAAAAACCCCACGUCCAUCCAAGCAAAAUCCAUCCCCGUCGCCCUCCAAGGCCGAGACGUCAUUGGCCUCGCCGAAACCGGUAGCGGAAAGACCGCUGCUUUCGCUCUUCCGAUAUUACAGGCGCUGCUCGAGAAGCCUCAGCCCUUUUUUGGCCUCGUCCUUGCGCCGACCCGAGAACUUGCCGCUCAGAUCGGACAGUCCUUUGAAGCUCUGGGAGCCCUCAUCUCGCUGCGAUGUGCCGUCAUUGUCGGAGGUCUGGACAUGGUUCCCCAGGCUAUUGCACUUGGAAAGAAACCUCAUAUCAUUGUUGCGACACCUGGUAGACUGGUGGACCACCUGGAAAAGACAAAGGGCUUCUCUCUGCGAUCCCUCAAGUACCUGGUCAUGGACGAGGCCGAUCGACUGCUAGACAUGGACUUUGGGCCCAGUAUCGACAAGAUUCUCAAGUUCAUCCCCCGUGAGCGCCGCACCUACCUUUUCUCAGCCACCAUGAGUUCCAAGGUCGAGAGUCUCCAGAGAGCCAGUUUGCGAGAUCCCGCUCGCGUCAGCGUCAGCUCAAGCAAGUACCAGACUGUCUCGACUCUACUCCAGCACUACAUCUUCAUACCCCAUAAGCGGAAAGAUACAUAUCUCAUUUACCUUGUCAACGAAUUUGCCGGAAAGUCCAUGAUUAUCUUCACUCGCACAGUCUUUGAGGCCCAGAGGGUAGCCAUCCUACUACGAACACUUGGCUUCGGCGCCAUCCCGCUCCAUGGACAGCUCUCACAAUCCGCUCGUCUUGGUGCUCUGAACAAAUUCAAGGGCGGAUCCCGCGAGAUCCUCGUAGCCACUGAUGUCGCUGCCCGUGGUUUGGAUAUCCCCGCCGUCGACGUCGUGCUCAACCAUGACCUGCCCCAGGACUCAAAGACUUAUAUCCAUCGCGUUGGUCGAACAGCUCGUGCCGGUAAAUCCGGUAUCGCCAUUAGUAUUGCCACACAGUAUGAUCUUGAGAUUUACCAGCGCAUUGAGGCGGCGCUGGGCAAGGAACUGGACCAAUACCCAACCGAGAGGGAGGAAGUCAUGGCUUUCCAGAGCAGAGUUGACGAGGCUCUGAGAACAGUCCGCGGAGAGAUGAAGGCCUUCCUGGAGAACAAGGGCAAGGGCAAGGGCAAGGACAGGGGCAAAACUGCCGGGCCCAAGAGGAGAAGAGAUAACAUGGACCAGGAGGAGGGCUAA